CUCUGUUUGUUCACAUUCUUUUUUCUGUCCUUAAUAAUGUAUUUAACAAACGUGAAAGAUUCCCCUGACAUUUAAUCUUCAUUUAACCCAGCGAGGUCUGACUAGCUACCAGCUGCUGAAACUGGAUUUUUCUACCAAGCAAGAUACAUUUCAGGGCAGCUGUUUUUUCUUUCAUACUUCACAGGAACAUAAUGGAUCUUCAGGAAUACUUCAAGAAAAUCGGCUUCAGCGGAGUGUACGAGAAACCAGACCUCGCCACGCUCCGCACCAUCCACAAGCUGCAUGUGAUGAGCAUUCCCUUCGAGAACCUCAGCAUGCACUGUGGAGAGCGGAACACCAUGGAUCUGCAAAUCAUUUAUGAGAAGAUUGUGAGAAACCCUCGUGGAGGAUGGUGCUGUGAAAACAACCUGCUCUUCUCCUGGGUGCUGAGAGAGAUGGGCUACAAAUACACCACGCUGGGUUCACAAGUCUUUAGUAGGUUCAGAAAUGAGUUCAGCUGCUUGGAUGAACAUCUCAUUAAUCUGGUGGAGAUCGAAGGCAAGCCUUAUAUUGCUGACGUGAGCUAUGGAAUGUCAUGUCAAAUCUGGUACCCGUUAGAAAUGAUCUCAGGAAAAGAUCAAGAGCAGUCGCCAGGGAUUUUCCGUCUAAUAAACGACGGUGAGAGGUGGACGCUGGAGAAGACUGGAAGGAAGCCUCUGGUCCAGAAUGAAGCCUUCGCCAAUUACAGCCUUGUUGACAAACGUGUCAAGAAGAUAAUAUACUCUUUUUACUUAACACCACGAGGGAUUGACCAUUUUCUGAACACAAGCGAGUACCUGCAGACCAGCCCUGAGUCUUUGUUGACCCAGAUGUCCAUUUGUUCCAUCCAGACCCCCACUGGAUUCAGAGCUCUGAUUGGUUGGACCUUCGUAGAAGUCACAUUUAACCCAGAGGAAGACAAGGACAUCUUCGAAUUCAGAGCUGUAGAUGACAGUGAGAUCGAGACUAUACUCAAGGAAAAGUUUAAUAUUGUAUUAGUUAAUAAACUGAAAGUAAUAAACAACAAAGCUACAUAAACGCUGCAUAAAUGUAUAUUUUGGGGUGAACAAGCCCAGUUUUAAUUAGGCUUCACACAGAUAUUAAUCUACGAAAAGGACAGUUGUUAUUUAGUCCAGAGAAAUCUCUCCGUAGUGUAUUUUUGUAGUUAAGGAGUGUUUUUUUCCUCAUCCUUAUGCAAAUUCCUUCUAGGAAAUCCAUAUUCAGUGAUUGUUUUAGCACAACUUUUGUUGUCCACUGCAUCAGAGUAAUGAGGGGAAUACUGUAGUCUAGUUCCCCUCUAUAAAAAAACAUUUAGCAUGUUAAAA